AUGUUCACUCUCACACUCAAGGCUGAGCUCGAGGGCGUCACCAACCUACGCCCCGAUGACUCCGAAGACAACCCUUUUUGGUACAUGUUCAAGGUCCAGUGUACCUCCUGUAGAGAGACGCACAACAACUACAUUGGUGUCAACCGCUUCGAAAUGAAUGAAAUGAGCGGAAGCCGUGGCGAGGCCAACUUUGUCUGGCGAUGCAAGAACUGCAAGGAGCGCGAGUCCACCGCAUCGAUUAAGGAGGCGCCCAAAGCAUACGAGCGGAGUGAGCCCCCCAAGGUCCAGAAGAUCAUAGAGUUUGACUGUCGCGGUCUCGAAUUCGUCGAAUUCAAGCCAGAGGGCGACUGGCUUGCCGACGGCAUCGAUUCGUCCACCAAGUUCACUGAGAUCGACCUGACCGAGGGAGAGUGGUUCGACUAUGACGAGAAGGCCGGUGAAGAGGUCAGCAUCAAGGAGCUCACCUGGGAGAUCAAGCGUUCUUGA